AUGGUCUUUGGCUUUGUAGAUCCAGACAGCGCAGAGGACGGAAGUCAUGGCGAUCCCAACGGAGAAGCUGCUCGGACGAAUAUUAUGUCUAUUACGAAUUAUCCCCACAACCUUUGGCGGCAAAGAAGGCAACCGAGGCAACAGGUUGGUCGACUCAUGGAUACUCUAUUCGAUGUAAAACCAGGCGCGUAUCGACACAGAAGCCGUGCGGGUAAAGGUCUUCAGGGUCAUGGCAAUCCCUGCCAAAAACGCAAAGCAACAACUCAGCAUGAAGCGCACUUCCGCAUUCUUCACUUGAGCAUUCUUGUACCGCUCGUUGCCUUGCUUUUGCUUGAAAGUUCGAGAGUCCAUCUGCACAAGAAGAUCCGGAAUUCAACAUCAGGGCAGUACAUAGGUUUGAUAGAAGUCCCAACUCUAACGUCCUCGCUUCACUUAACACCACAGUCCACUAAAGUCACCAAAGACGCGGUUCCAGUCGGAGCGCUGAGUAUGACAGGGGUAGAGAUCGCCGCGGGCAAACGUGUCUCAUGUCCAGAGCGAAAGUGCUUCCACUUCUCACUUCUCUAG